GCGAGAAAAUGGCUGACCGAGAAUGACACACGCUGUGUUUUGUCCAAACCUUGCCAUAUUUUCCUAAAUAAUACAUUCCGUAUUGAAAUAUAGACUUAAACGCAUAACCUAUGAUGUUUAAGCGUUUAAUGCAAACGAUGCUUUCUUGAAUCACGGAGGCAGAAGCGUGAUUUGUGAUUAUCAUUAUUUUGAUCUCAACGCGUGUUUUUAACAUCACAGCAUGGCCACGGUAGCAGCCAAACGCGAGGGACCGCAGUUCAUCAGCGAGGUGGCUGUCAGAGGAAACAACGCUGUGCUCGACUACUGCCGCACGUCCGUGUCCGCGCUCUCCGGGGCCACGGCGGGCAUCCUCGGCCUGACCGGACUCUACGGCUUCGUCUUUUAUUUCCUUGCUUCUUUCCUGCUGUCCUUGCUCCUGAUUCUUAAAGCCGGUCGCCGGUGGAACAAGUGCUUCAAAUCUCGACGUCUGCUCUUUACCGGGGGCCUCGUGGGCGGCCUCUUUACUUACGUGCUGUUCUGGACUUUUCUCUACGGAAUGGUGCAUGUGUACUAAAGGACUCAGACAGUACAGCAGCCGUGUAGAUGUAGAAGAUGAUAGAGACGCCUCAGGGUAGAGAGUGCUGAUUGAUGUACCAUAGGUUUUGUCUGUGAGCUCACUUUUGUUUAGCCAAUAAAGCUUAAAAUAUUUUCUGAGUAUUAAUUGCACUGAAAUUUAGGUAUUUAAAAAUGGUGUCUCAUCAUAUUCUUUCCAAUUUGAUUUAAUAUUUUCCUUACGCUUAUUCCAGGGUAAAACUGGGUUUGGAUCUAGUAUGACAACCCAACAGGGAAACUAAUUUGUUUUCACCUUGCUUUCUGUGUGUGAUGUGCAACACUCUAAACUCCCGGCAUUAUUUAGAACUAUGUAAAAAACACAUUACCAACUUUAAACUGUAUAAAUCACAUUGUUUUAUUUCAGAUAGUUUGAGGAAAAUAAAUCAUUCACCU